AAGAAAGUAACAUAUUUUAUUUUGCUUUGGGAGAAGUCAAGGGGGUCUGGAAUUAAGAACAAACUGACAGGUAAUGAAAAUGGCGGGUAUUUCUUGCUAUGGUAUGCUUUCACAGACCCUCAUCAACAAGAAAGUGGAAGGUAUCUACUGCUGCUCCCCUGCACCCAAUAAUAACCAGAAGGUGAAAACCCAAACUCCCAAGUUCUUGAAAAUUGCUGUUACUGGUGCCACUGAACUACUCAGGCUCUUCAGCUUUUCCUCACCAAGAACAAACAUGAGAGUGGAGAUAUCUGAUGAUGAAGGGGCUGAAGAACCUUUGGUCUCUAAUGUAGAUGAUGUCCUAAAGAUUAUCAAGUCAGAUUAUGAGAAAUCUUAUUUUGUUACAGGACUCUUCACUAGUAGAAUUUAUGCAGAAGACUGCACCUUUGAAGAUCCAACUAUAAAAUUCCGUGGAAGGGACUUGUAUUUCCGCAACUUGCAGUUGCUGGUACCGUUUUUUGAUAGUCCAUCAAUCGAAUUAGAAAAGAUUGAGAAGGGUAAUGAUUCUAAUGCGGAGGUCAUAGUGGCAUACUGGAAAUUGAGAACAUCCCUCAAACUUCCAUGGCGGCCGCUCAUCUCUGUUGAUGGAAAGACAGUCUAUGAUCUAGAUGAACAACUCAAAAUUGUUAAGCAUGUCGAGAGCUGGAACAUUUCUGCUCUUGAAGCCGUUGGUCAGAUAUUAAUGCCUGGUUUGAGGAGCUCCGGUGAGUGAAAACUCUACAGAGGAAAGUUCCUGAGCUGAUAUUAUUUCUAAAAGACUCGUAAAGAAUGAUCUCAGAACCACCCUCUAAAGUUUACUCACAGCUUGAGUUGGAAAGACGGGUAUAUAGGUAAUAAAUAGGUGAAGUGAUUUAUCUUAA